UCCCGCCCGCGCGCACCGCUGCCUGCCUGCCGCCGCCGCCGCCACCACGGUCGCUGCUCAAGCCGGAGCUGCUUGAGAGUCGAGCCGCCGCCGCCGCCGCUGCCGGCUUUGUGCUUCCAGCCGAGGAUGGGAGCGACCUCUUCCUGAUCGCGAGCUGUCUCAAAAGGGAGCUAGCGCCGGAUCGCCCGGCGGCGUGCAGGACCCGGGGAGGGAAUCCAUCCACAAGGCUCAGCCCAGGUUGGGACAUUUGGAAGUCUCUUCAUAAAACAUGCCUCGAUUAAGUCUUUCACCAACUGUUUCUAUGGGAUUUCGUCUGGUAGCUAUGGUGGCUCUAUUGUUUUCCCAUGUUGACCAUAUAACUGCAGAGUCAGAACCAGAAACAGGAGGAAAUGAAACCACUGAAUGUACUGGCUCAUAUUACUGCAAGAAAGGGGUGAUUCUGCCCAUUUGGGAACCCCAAGACCCAUCUUUUGGGGAUAAAAUUGCUAGAGCAACUGUGUAUUUUGUGGCCAUGGUCUACAUGUUUCUUGGAGUUUCUAUCAUCGCUGACCGGUUCAUGUCCUCUAUAGAAGUCAUCACAUCUCAAGAGAAGGAAAUAACCAUAAAGAAACCCAAUGGAGAGACCACAAAGACUACAGUAAGGAUCUGGAAUGAGACCGUGUCAAACCUGACUUUGAUGGCACUGGGAUCUUCUGCUCCAGAAAUUCUACUAUCAGUUAUUGAAGUGUGUGGCCAUAACUUCACUGCAGGAGACCUUGGUCCCAGCACCAUUGUGGGAAGUGCUGCCUUCAACAUGUUCAUCAUCAUUGCACUUUGUGUUUAUGUGGUCCCUGAUGGAGAGACAAGGAAGAUUAAGCACUUGCGUGUGUUCUUUGUGACAGCGGCCUGGAGCAUCUUUGCCUAUACUUGGCUCUAUAUAAUUCUGUCUGUCAUCUCUCCUGGUGUUGUCGAGGUCUGGGAAGGAUUGCUUACUUUCUUCUUCUUUCCCAUCUGUGUUGUGUUUGCUUGGGUAGCAGACAGGCGGCUUCUCUUUUACAAAUAUGUCUACAAGCGGUACAGGGCUGGCAAGCAGAGGGGAAUGAUAAUUGAACAUGAAGGGGACAGGCCAUCUUCCAAAACAGAAAUUGAAAUGGAUGGGAAAGUGGUCAACUCUCAUGUUGACAAUUUCCUAGAUGGUGCCUUGGUUUUGGAUGUAGAUGAGAGGGACCAAGAUGAUGAGGAAGCUAGGCGUGAGAUGGCAAGGAUACUGAAGGAACUUAAGCAGAAGCAUCCAGAGAAAGAAAUUGAGCAAUUAAUAGAAUUAGCCAACUAUCAAGUCCUAAGUCAGCAGCAAAAAAGCCGAGCAUUUUACCGUAUUCAAGCUACUCGCCUGAUGACUGGAGCCGGCAACAUCUUGAAGAGGCAUGCAGCUGACCAAGCAAGGAAGGCUGUCAGCAUGCAUGAAGUCAACAUAGAAGUGGCUGAAAAUGACCCAGUGAGUAAGGUCUUCUUUGAACAGGGAACAUACCAAUGUCUAGAGAACUGUGGUACUGUGGCUCUAACCAUUAUCCGCAGAGGGGGCGACUUGACCAACACUGUGUUCGUUGACUUCAGAACGGAGGACGGCACAGCCAAUGCUGGGUCUGAUUAUGAGUUCACUGAAGGGACUGUGAUCUUCAAACCCGGGGAGAUCCAAAAGGAGAUCAGAGUUGGCAUUAUUGAUGAUGACAUCUUUGAAGAGGAUGAAAACUUCCUUGUGCAUCUAAGCAAUGUCAGAGUCUCCUCUGAAGCUUCAGAAGAGGGCAUCCUGGAAGCCAAUCAUAUUUCUACACUUGCUUGUCUUGGGUCACCCUGCACGGCCACGGUAACCAUUUUUGAUGAUGACCAUGCAGGCAUCUUUACAUUUGAGGAACCAGUGACUCACGUGAGCGAGAGCAUUGGCAUCAUGGAGGUAAAAGUUUUGAGAACAUCCGGAGCUAGAGGAAAUGUUAUCGUUCCCUAUAAAACCAUUGAAGGGACGGCCCGAGGUGGAGGGGAGGACUUCGAGGACACGUGUGGAGAGCUCGAAUUCCAGAACGAUGAAAUUGUCAAAACAAUUGCAGUCAAGGUAAUUGAUGAUGAGGAGUAUGAGAAAAACAAGACCUUCUUCAUUGAGAUUGGAGAACCCCGCCUGGUGGAGAUGAGUGAGAAGAAAGCCCUGUUAUUGAAUGAGCUUGGUGGCUUCACAUUGACAGGCCAACCUGUCUUCAGGAAGGUUCAUGCUAGAGACCAUCCGCUUCCCUCCACUGUAAUCAGCAUUUCAGACGAGUAUGAUGACAAGCAGCCACUGACUAGCAAAGAGGAGGAGGAGAGGCGCAUUGCAGAAAUGGGGCGCCCCAUCCUGGGAGAGCACACCAAGCUGGAGGUGAUCAUUGAAGAGUCUUACGAAUUCAAGAGCACUGUGGACAAACUCAUUAAGAAGACAAACCUGGCCCUUGUGGUGGGAACAAACAGCUGGAGGGAACAGUUCAUCGAAGCCAUCACUGUCAGCGCUGGGGAAGAUGACGACGACGAUGAAUGUGGGGAGGAAAAGCUGCCCUCCUGUUUUGAUUACGUGAUGCACUUUCUCACAGUGUUCUGGAAGGUUCUGUUUGCCUUCGUCCCCCCUACAGAAUACUGGAAUGGCUGGGCCUGUUUCAUUGUCUCCAUCCUCAUGAUUGGCCUCCUGACAGCCUUCAUUGGAGAUCUGGCUUCCCACUUUGGCUGCACCAUUGGCCUGAAAGAUUCUGUGACUGCAGUUGUGUUUGUCGCUCUUGGAACCUCGGUGCCAGACACAUUUGCCAGCAAAGUAGCAGCCACCCAGGAUCAGUACGCAGAUGCAUCCAUAGGCAACGUCACUGGAAGCAACGCUGUGAAUGUCUUCCUGGGAAUUGGUGUGGCCUGGUCCAUUGCUGCCAUCUACCAUGCAGCCAAUGGGGAACAGUUCAGAGUGUCCCCUGGCACACUAGCUUUCUCUGUCACUCUCUUCACCAUUUUUGCAUUCAUCAACGUGGGGGUGCUGCUGUACCGGCGGAGGCCAGAAAUAGGAGGUGAGCUGGGUGGGCCCCGGACUGCCAAGCUCCUCACGUCUUCCCUGUUCGUGCUCCUGUGGCUCUUGUACAUUUUCUUCUCCUCCCUGGAGGCCUACUGCCACAUAAAAGGCUUCUAGAGGAACAAUCAGAUAUAGUAAAUUUAUAUAUAUAUAUACAUAUAUACAUAAAGAAUUAUGUAUAAUGAACAGAGGAAACUGACAUUUGUCAUGUUCACUUAACCUGCUGAUGGAAUCCAGCUUCAAGAACAUACUCUGUACUAGGGCGGAAGUCAGAAACCACCAUCUCCCAUUUCCUGGCAUCAUCUUGUUGAACAAGGCGUGGAGGCAGGGUCAUCGUUCAGCUCAACUUAGAAGGGCUGUACUCUUUCGAGUUCAUAAAUGGUUAAGGUUUUGAUUUGUUUUUUCUUCUUUUAUUUUUUUGUUUGUUUCCAGUGGGGUCAGGGAGGUGGCGGUUGGCUUGAAUUUGAUUUUGCUUUGUUUUGUUUGGAGCCAUGGGAUCCUACUUCUCUUUAUGGGAAGCGGUGAUCCACCCAAAGGUGAAUGGAAUGGAUUUGGGAUCAACCUGGAAAUCAUUAUGAUUCUCUCCUCACCUCCUCCAAACACUAUAAACAUUACUUUGGAUUAAGGAAGGAUCCUGGCAUGGAAGAAGAAAGAAGCACGUCUUGACUAUAUUACCAAAUUUUAUGCUUAUCUCCGAGAUAUGAACAGAGGUGAAUUGCCUCAAGGAAGAGAAGCAUGAGAGCUGCAUUGGAGCCAGGAAAAGCAAUUGUUCUAGAUGUAGUCUAAGGAUAUGGUGCCUGGCACUCUUGUUCAACAGGUACGGGGAUAAUGUGCCUAGAUUCCCAGAAACACACAGAACUCUUCAUCCCUUAUCUCUUUAGCUCUGAACUGUGAUUAGCAAGACCCUUAUUCUCCUUCCAGCCCAGCUAAUUCCCCAGGUAUCCCAUCCCAGACUUCCUCCUGACCACCACCCAACCCCCUGCAAGCAGGAAGAUUAAACCCAUACAAAAAAAAUCUGUCAUCCUUUUGGUCAUCAUGUGUGUUCAGGUCCCACGUUGCCGUUGCCUGGGAUUUUCCCAUCAGUUUUAUUUUCAGUGGCAUCCAUGGCUUGCACAAUCCUGUUCCAGUCAUGACUGAACAUUUGCCCUCCUUCAUGUGCCUGUUUGGGAAUGUUGUUGUGAUCCCCGUUACACAGUGCAUGGACGAAAAACAAAUAAAACAAAGCGUAUCUGUAUAUAGUAGAGUAUAGCAAAUACUGUUCUCCCAUUCAGCGAUGUUGAUUGGACAUUGAAGACAUACGUGAGUUUUGCUUUUCACCUGAGUUGUUAGUUUUGAGUUGUUGCUGAGUUUGAAUAUUGAUAGGGAUAAAAGAAGAAAAUGGCUUAGUUUUCAUGAUUCUGCACGUUCAUUUCUAAGAAGCAAUAAUUGUCAUAUGAGGAGAUUUUAAAGUUAUUGAGAGGACAGCAGGAAAACUACACAGAUUUCCAUGGAGUUGUAGCCAUGUAGAGCAUGUCAGAAGAGAGCUCCAAGAAUCACCCACAAUUAAUUCAGGCAGGCCAAAGAGAAACGCUGGGGAGAAACGUGGAUACUUUGGAUGUGCCUGGACUUUUAGAGCCUCCGUUUCCAUGCUACCCCUCCCCCAAAGUAUUUAUUGCACAUCUGCUCUGUCUGGCACAGAUGGUGGAUAGUGCUAGUUGGUUUUAUUUUUUUAUGUAGAAGGCUUGUUUGAGCCCUGUUUCAUUAACCUUCCAGUCCAGACUCCCUGAAUUCACUAGCAACUCCUGAGUGGAAAAGAAACCAGGGGUGACUGGUAGACCUUUAGAAGUCCACUGUGUCUGACACAAAGAGGAGAUUUGUCAAAGGUACUGGGGCCCCCCAGGAAGAUGACACUGGGGAGUUUUAACCCUUUGAAAGAAACGGCUCUUUCUAUUCCAAAACACCAAAGAGCAAAGAGAAACCCAACAUUCCAAAAGCAGUGAUUCUACUAAGGAGGGAAAAUGGAAUGGCUUUGUCCACCUCUCACAGAGACUUCUCUGAGACCUCCGUGGCCCUUUGUAUUGAUUCAAAGAUGCUUAAGACAUUAAUGUUGCUGAGACCUCCUUCCUCUUCUUCCACUCAGUGAUCAUAACUGCCCAUUAUUUAAUAAACUUUUAGAGACUGAGUGAAUGGUUAGAUACUUGUUACCCAUUCAAUAAACCAGGUAAUAUUCUAUUUCCUGGUAGCUGAACAGUGACCAAGAUAGCCCAGAUUCCUGCCCCCAGGGGGUAUAUUGUGGAUGAGACUCCUAUUCAAAGAGUAAGAAUUGACCUAACCAUACUGAGAUAAUUUUAUCUUGCAAGAGAAAAAUAAUUAUAACUCUUUUUAAACACACUCACAUUAAAAUUGCACAACAAAAGCAGUUGACCAAAUGUUCAUGUUUUUUUCUUGAAAGAAUAUAAUGUUUAGCUUUGGAAAAGGACUCUUUAGUUUUGGCCAACUUGCAGGUUUGUUCAUCUUCCUACUUUAGACCAAGCAGAGUAAUAUAAUCAUGGUGGUGACUGAUACCACUGAGAAGACCCAAUUAACCUGGUUUUAAUCUAUAUGGCACUGGUACCUUUCCAUAAAAGCAUACCACAGCCCACCAACAUUAGUGACACUGUUGACCCUCAGUGGUACAUUCUAACCUGUCUUGUUUUAAUUUUUUAAACUUAUAUUAGAUUUUAAAAUUAAAAGAUAGCCUAGGACUACUAAAUAAAUACAAUCCAAGGAUAUACAUGGUUAAAGCAUUAGAAAGAUUUUGCACUUUUUUUAAAAUACAUUCCAUCUUUGGAAUGUCGAUAAUCUUAUAGUGAAUUUUCACAGAGAAUGUCCCAAGAAAUUCUUGCUGUUGGUCAGUUUCAAGUUCAAGCUUUUUGCUUUGUUUGCCUUUUCAGUCUUUAUGCUGUAGGGAAAAUAUGAUUCUGGAUGUUCAGGGUUGUUAAUUAUUAUGUGUAAAAUGAUUUCAUUUUAUUUGUUUGAUUAUUUUAUUUUGUGUGUAUUGUGCACGGCUUUAGGGGGACAGGCACUAACAGUGCUGUUCCUUAAAAUUGGUAUACAUUAUUGACACAGGAAAAAAAUAAAGUUUCUAAUUGUUUGUGAUUUCAUCCCGGUGGCACAGCUUAUUCUGUCCUGUGGAAUGGCUCCUCUCAUUAUCAUCUACUCCAUUCUCCCAAUUGUUUGUUUUCAUGUUUUGAAGAAAUAAAAACCAAAAAGGUAUCAUUGUGCAAUUGGUAUCCUCAUCCUUGGUCAUGCAAUGUUCUAGUUUAAAUGUCCCAAAGAGCAGCACAAGGAGUCAGAAUGCCUGUCCAUCCUGUGAUGCUGUGGUAAACAUUGGGUGUGCAUUGUUCUCACCACUUUCUCACCUUUUAGUUGAACUCUAUCUUCUUGCUUUCUGCAUCCAAGAACAUGGCCUCAUAAACUAUAACUUGUCAGGAAUCUUUCAGCACACAGCUCAUUACACUAAAUCAUGUAGCCCUUUACACUGGUUAUUGGAAGCAAAUUGUUCACUUAGUAUCGUGUCUUGUAUGUCUUCUUGCGCCCAGCACAGCUUAUGCUUUAUUUUAUUAAUUUCUGACUCUUUGAAUUAUAUACGUUACUGCUUUCCUAUCUCAUACCAUCAAAAGAGCACAGAAGCGGUGACACCAGACAUAAAUGAGAACUGUGGGAAAAGAAAUUCUUACUGUGGUAGAAACUCGACACUAGGUAUGUGUAAAUGAUACUCUGGUCAUCUGAUCAUCUUAAAGUUUCCCACAGAGCCUUUCGUCACAGCAUCAUGUGUGGGCAUGUGUGGCACAUUUUCAAGGUAGAUGAAGAUAAGGUACAAUUUAAAUACUCUUCUUGAAUCAAAGAAUCAAUAUGACUCCUGAAUAUGAAAUUGGCAGUCAUUGUUUACUUCCUGAGUAGAAAGCUAUAGUGGGGAUCCUUGACCACUUAAUAGACUUCAGCAACAUUCUUUGGCUGAUUGACUCUUGAGUGCUUACGAGCAAACAUUCGUUUGUUAGCUGGUUCUUAUUCAGUGCUUCCAACCAUGAAGAUUUCAGAGAACCUUGCUUCCUAAAGUAUAAGAGUACUGUUUUUGUUGCUGUUUCUUCUCAAACAUAAGAUUAUAGUACAAAGAUGCUGUCAGAAACAAGAUGCAAGAUGGACAAGUAGCUCACAUCUAAUGAGCAACCCCUCCCUAAGAAAUCAUCUCAAAACAAAUAGAAACGCAUUGUGUCCAUUGUCCUUUCCACACCAGGCUUCCUUUGUUAGAAACUCUAUGCUCCCACAUUCCUGGGAUUAAUCUAUCAAAAUCAAGUGAGAGUGGCUAGUUUGCUCUCACAUCUGACAGAAGAAAUUAGAACCCUCCUCUUUUUUUUCUAAAUCAACGCAGCUUCGUUAAGACUUCUAUUAGUUUUGGGUGGGGGUUGUUUUGUUUUGUUUUGAGUUGAAAAUGUGGAAUCCACCUCUUGAUUUUGAUUUUCCAUUUCUGAUCUUGGGAAACUACACCCAGAGCAAGUCAUGGUUGUACCUUCAUAAGUUUAGGAACAUUUGACAAUGUACAUCCUAACUUAACAGCUAUAAUCUAGCAUCUUUUAUAAUAAUCAUGCCCCUUGUGCAAGUCAUUCUAACCACUGGCAAAAACUAGAAAGUGUGGCUAUCAGUGGGUAAGUAAGUAGUGUGUCACAGAGAAGAGGCAUACAAGAACCACAUUUAUCGUACUGCGGACAUGUGUUUGUGUGAAUAGAUCCAUUUACUUGUGUUCAUGUCUCCCUACAUAUUUUAUGUCUUUAGUAAUGGAUUGGGGAUUUUAGUAUCCUUUUCAAACACUAUUAUUGCCAUAUCCAUUGUUUUCACACAUGCCAGCAUGUUUCAGAGGUUGGGUAGUCCUGUUGGGUAGUUCUGCAUUGCCAAGGACACUGCAGAAAAGAAAUACAACUGAAAUAGUUAGUCAUUUCACUUUUAGUACUUAACCAGGCCAUGCAGAACAAUCUCCCAAGGCAGAGAAUGUCCUUCCCACAUAAAGGCCAACCACUGAGAGGCAGAAUCCCUAAGAGAGGCAAAGAGUACUUUUGCUGUUCAGUCCACAGGAAAUGGUAAGUCUCCAGCCUGCUGUGACUUUGCCUCAGCCCGCCAAGAUGUCCAAACAGAUGCGCUCGGAGAAUCUCCAAAUUUUCAGUUUUGUCAAGGGUUCUAUGACCUCAUUGUCUCAAGAGACAUUUACAUAUGAUUACUUAUUUUUUAUACACUUACAUUUAGCAAAGAACAACACCUCAUAGUGUAACCUUCCCUUUCCAUAAUGCCCAACUUUGUUAGUCUUCCAUCCACUCUUAGUACAUUCAACAAACUUCAUGAUGGCUGCUGCUACUACUCACCCAUAGGAGAAGGUUCAAUCUAGAAGGAUCUCAGGGAUUUUUCUUCUGAAAGUAAACUUGUCAUAGAAAAAUCAAUUAUGAUGAUUUUUCACAAAGACAACAGAUUUUAGAACAAAGUGUAUUAUCUCUAUAAAUCCUUGAAGUAUGUGGUACCCUAGAAAUUAGUGAUAAUUUAUUCCUGUCUUUUGGGGGUCAUAUUUAUCAUGUCCAGUGUUCAUCUCCCAGCCCGUUCUAACAAUAUCUGUAAGUACAGAGUGGGAAAGAACAGCAAGACAUAUGUCCCCAAACCAAAGAAGAGUUUCUCUAAAGGUAUAAUAUAUAAACACAGAAAAAUACAUAUGACUCUGUGAAAUAUGAGUGACUUGAUUGCUUCACUGAUUACUGUGUUUUGGUUAUGCAAUGAAUAGGAAAAUUCACAUAAAUGACCAAAUAGAACAAGAAAGAAAUUACCAAACUUCAGAAUUACUAGAUCUGUUUAAAUAGUUAUUUCACAAAGCUUAAUAAUUUGUGUGCUAUAAAGACAUGUAUAAUCUGCCAAAUCUAAAAAUGUGCUGGGGGGGGGAAACUGAUGUUUAAGAUGACUAUAUAACCCUCUCUACCAGAACUCCUUGCUAGUGAGCUUAUAAUCUACAGAACUGUUUCUUAGAUUCCCUUGCAAAUAUACAAUAGAGGAGAUCAGUUCUGCAAAUCUUUGACUUGCAAUGUUCCACCUCUAUUGUGGAGAUCAUAACCCUGAGAGUUAAUUCCAAAUGAGGUAACUACCCCUAGGUACUAAAUAUUUGAAAUUAAACCAAAUAUGUAACUACUUCACCAAGUAUUUCACCAAAGAAAUAAACUAAAUAGUAUCUCCAUGAUAGGAAUCAUGAUCAUAAUGGCUGCUUUUGGGAAAAAGAUGAUAUACUCUUUCUGAAUCUUACCCUACAUUGCUAAAUUCAUUUUAGCAAACAUUAGACUUGAAAAUUAUCUCAAAUAAAACUCUUGAAAGAUUUUUAUACUGCAUUACAAUGAUGCUCAUAGAAUUAACUUAUAUGGUUUAGAUAAUGAUAUGGGUGAGAAUUAUCUACACUGUUUACAAGAUUAUAUUUUUAAAUGAAAUAGUUUGGCACAAAGAAUAUGUGUUAAGUAGGGUUUUAUUAUUUAAGAUAUUUGAAAGUCAUUACCUUUAAGUAAGAAUGAUUCCGAGUUUCCUGAGACAACUGUAUAAUUUAAAAUCAUUCUCACAUUUGACAGGAAAAUCAAAGCUGUGCAUAUAUAGUUUUUGGCUUGAAAAACUAAAGAAAAGUAUUCUUUUGGCAUACUUUUCAUGUCAUUGAAUUAUUUUAUGGAAUACAUUAGAGCAGAUGAAUCAUAAAAAUAUUUUCAAUAAUUUCCUUCCAUUUUUAAAUGUAUAGUGCUUUUAAAUUACUCAACUUGGUAACUUAAUACCUCCUCCCUUUUAAAUGAUAACUCCAUUUUGAUAUUGUUACUAACAUUUCAGCACUAAUUAUAAUGUUGAAUCAAUACAUGGGACGGGAUAUUGGGCUUGAGUCUAGCCCCCAUAACCACAUGGUCCAGACAGAUCUACCAUCAGUUAAAUGUUUCUGAUGAACCAGCAUUCUAAAUGCUAAAUGUGAAUGUAGCAUUUAGUCUUUUUUCUACCAAAAGUUUGCAUUUUAACUGGUACAAAGCCAGGUUUAGAAGAUUUGGAUUACUAGUUGCACGAUAAUUUUUCUUGAAAUUGUACAUUGUUUCAACACUGGCUCUCCUUUAUUCUAUUUCUCCCACACCAUAAAAGUAUGUAUAUUAAAAACAAACAUAAGUUUCACAUGUUGAAUAACCUGAACCACAUUCUACAUAUCUAGGACCACUCUCAAAUUCAUGUCAAACUAGUUUCUUUUAUGUCAUAUCUCUUUCAUAAAUGGAACAAAGUGCAAAGAAGGAAUUUUAUUCUUAAAUUAAAGAUGUACAUUCAAAGUUGUUUGAGAACUGUUUAGAACAACAAGUAUCUUUCCCAAAAAAGAUGUAAAAAUCUUUUUUAAAUAAGAAAUUUGUUUUCCCCCUUUUAUUUAGCAAGUAUUUUCAGGUAGGAAACCUUUAGGAUUGAUUUGCAUCCUUCUGCCUUUGAGAAUGAGUGUCAAAAACAGCUCUUGAAAAAAAAUUCUGGUCAAGGUCAAAUUCUGGAUGUUAAUAGGAUAGGAUUUUCCAUUGAGAGAUGGCACUAUAAACAGUCAAGCAUCCAUGCAUCAGUUAGCAUUUUCUAGUUAUGUAUUUUGGCAUGUUGGGAGAUACAGAAGAGGGGUCUCACCCUACCUGUCCACUGAUAUUUUAUCACCCAGCCUGUGGAUCUUUCACUUGCUCUGGUUAAGGUUAGAUAUUCAAAACAGGGCCACCCACACACACACACAACUUUCAUGUCUGUUGAUUGUCUUCUCUCUGGCAUUUCCCUCCAAAAUCUUACUAGCCAGGUCAACCAGUUGCCAAUGAGACUUCUCCAAGGGGUCCUUUCAGGGCAAGACAUGGUGUUGAACAUGUGCAAAGUCUUUGGAGUUCAUCUACAAUUGUUAUCAUUAAGUCCUCAAAAAAAUGUUUGUCUUUGAAGUUUCUGUCUAAAACUCAAAGAAAGGAGUUGCUGCUGUCAUCGGUAUCUUAUUAUGAACUUUGGCACUCCAACUCUAGUAGUUAUGUCAUUGGUAAAAUGAAAAGAAAUAUUGCUUUAUUACUCUUUAGGGUUCAUUUUACACUGCUUCAGAGCUGCCACUUAUCAGCAUCAGCUUCAUGGCCAGUAGUAUUCUGUCUAUACCUCAAAUUUAGAAUUUUUUAUUUAAAAAAGACAAAGAAAGAAAGGAAGGAAGGAAAAGAAAGAAAAAUAAGAAUUAUUUUUGGUCUCUUUAAAGGAGUGACAGAAUAUUAAAUAGUUUUUUGAAACAAAAACAGGAGAGAAGGUUCUACACAACCUGUUGUUAUAGAUGAGCAUGGAGUUUUUGUUGAGCUGUCUUGAUAUGUUGCCCUUCUUAGUCCAUUUGUAUUUGCCCUGUUCCCAGUGAAAUGUUCUCCAUAAUCAGUCUAUAAGAGGAUGAAGAUAGAGCAUUGGUCUCCACUUACUGUCUUUUUAAAUCCUCCCAGGGAAAGAGAGCAACUAUUUCACAGUGAUAAUGUAGAAGGUUGGGGAAGCUCAGUAACUUCACUGGUCAAACCAAAAACUUUGAACAAAAGCACAUGGCAUUUUGACUGUCUCUGAAUUAAUACCUGCUUCCUAAACACCUAUUGCAAAAUUGGGUGGAGCCAUGGAGCCAGAUAAAUAUCACAUGGGUGGUCACAGAUCGCCUGGGGCAGGGGAUACAAGUUAAGCCAGAAAGUUAAACAAAACCUCCCUCCAUGAUCACUCACUGACUUUCUACUCAGUUCAAACUUGGAAAAAUAAUAAUAAUUCAAUCUAGCCUGUGGAGCAGCUUCAAAAUCCGAGUUUAUGUUUUUAACACAAUCUCAUGAACUGCAAGCAUUUGUUUUGGUAAAAUAUUAAGUAUCAUAAGAUAACAUGAAGGAUUAAAGGCAAGGAAGAUCUAAGACAAUUAACACUGACCCUGGGUUUAGUCUAAUUCCAAUUACAGUCCUCUAAUUAAAUUAACCUUCCAUUUUGGUAUAAGGAUAUUUUAUGAAUGUGAUACUAUUUAAAGAGGUCAUUCUGAAACUAAUCAAAGAACUUGCCUUUAAUAAAAAUAGAAAUAGUGAUUUUCUUAAUUGCACAUUCUGUCUUUCACCAUCAAGAUGAAUGUGUUCACCUCAACUAGCACAUUCCACAGUCUUCUCUGAGCCAAUCACGAUGUGAGACUGGUCUGGUAGUUAGCAUUUCAAGUUGUAGAAAGCAUGUUAUCGGCAUCAUUUGUAUUGCCAUUACUGAAGUUCUUUCUACUAACUAUGAACUUAUGAACAUUGAAUGUUUUUGACUUGGUGGCAAAUGACUCCUCUCCAAGCUAAAACUCCACUCCUCAUCAACUCACAGCAUCUAGAGAAGGGGACCUCAGCUUCACUCUCAAUACACAGUGUUCUGGUCAUCAUCAGAGAGCUAUGAUUCUUCAGAUCUCUCUGGAUUUCAAUCUUCUCAUUGCUACAUGAGAGGUCAUUUUCCAGAACACAUCAACCUCACCUCCCUCCCCGUGGUCAGUAGCUUCCCAUUUCCUUCUUGUAGGUAUAGGCUAAAGAUGUUUUAGCUUGCCAACCAAUUGCUCCUCCUUGUAUCGGAUUAUCAGAAAAAGUAGCAAACUAAUGGAAUCACAUCCACCUGGGAGAACUUAACAAUGCUACAGUGUGUAUGUGUGUGUGUGUGGGGGGUAAAUUCCCUGAAGAGAGGGAGUGGGAAGUGUCCUCCAUUUGAAGAAGCAUCUGAGAGGUUGGAAUGGAUUUCAAUUUAGUGAUCUUCUUAACACCAAAUCCAUUCUUCUUCUAAGGCUAGCCUUUAAGUUCUCACAGUGUCUCCCAGAAAUUCCCCUUUUGUUUUGCAUUCCUUAUGCUUUGCAAGAGAUAGGAGAAAGAGAUUGUCAGUACUGUUUUACACUAAACUAUAUGAAAUUAUAAACAGACUGUGCAGUGACCAGCAAACACCCCCCUUCCAAGUUUAUUUAAAGGUACAAGUAUUGUGGAGGAAAAUUAAAAAAAAUAAUAUCAUUUGCUACAGAUUUAAUUGUCUUUUAAAUACCCUCUUUGUUAUGGAGAAAUGACUACUACAAAUGAUUUCACAGAAAGACUUUUUAAAUCGUAACCACAGCAAUUACCUGGAUUGCACACAAAACACAUAAAAGCUAUGUAGACAUUUUCUCAAGGAAAGAAAGAAAAAAAUAUCAGGACUCUGCUUAUGUAAACAAAGAAUAUUUCCGUGGAGUGAAUGUAAGCUUUCUCUUGAAGGAAUCCCAAUUGGAAUGUCUCAAGAAAUGAGUAAACUGUUCCAACAUUAGGGGGAGCAAAGCAUUCCAGCUUUAUUAGCCCUGAGCCACGAUGCCAAAUUUGUGAGGUAGAAAGGGGUAACCAGACAUGACUGACACCAUUGCAACAGAUAGUGUAGGGAGAAGAAAUUUAAAUGUGUAAUAUUUUUGUUACAGCCAUAAUAACUUCUGUGACUGCUGCUUGAGGAUAAAAAUACUCUUCCUUUUCUCGUGAUGUUUCCAUCGAGAGCUGCCAUUCAGUUGCAGUAAAUGCAUCACAUUUUUAAAUUGCAACAAUUCUCUCCUGUCAAAUUUGACCUCUAUUUCAGAUUUGAUUAGGAAAUUAUAAACUGAAAAAAUAGGAUUUCAUCUUUUUUAAAAAUAAAUAUACCCCAUUGGCAGUUUCUGCUGAUGAUUGCCUUAAGCGAUCCUAGUUGUGCUGUCAAUCAAAGGCAGGUCUUUGCUUGAGGAGGAGUACCCGAACAAGCUCAGCCUCCCUUCCAUUCACAGAAAUCCCUGUCAAUCUUCCUCAACUCCCUUGCCAGAGCCACACCUCUUAAGCUGACCCAGGUCUUCUAGCCCAGCAAAUGGCAUCUCUAAUUAUGCCUGCUGACAAGACAGUUGUCCACCUUAACUCUUGCUCACCCGAAAGCCCCAGAAUGUCCCUUGCAACAUUUCCUCUGUUCAUUCUUUUUCAGCUCUUGGGAUUAACAAACUUUCACACAGGUUUUACUAAGAAAACAUCAACAACUCAUUUGUGCUUAGCCAAGAAACUGUGAACAAAUUUUAGUCACUGUGUUAAUUACCCUGAAGUGAUAAGGUGACUAUCACCUAAGUGGCAGAAGAGAAUUGUAAUGUUAUUAUUAAAAUAAUGUGAAGAAAGAGUGUAGAAUUUUCUAGAAAUGGACUUUCAGGGUAUCACACUUAAUAGCAUAGAACAUGGGUUGGAAUUAUAUUUUGUGGACAUGUUUAUUGUAUAUGCUGAUGUAUGCUUAACUUUCUAAACCUAAAGACCUUCUAUAAUGAAACCGACAGCCAUGGAAUCUAGCCCUUAUUACUUGAUGAGGUUCUGGAGAGAGAAUUCAAUAUUGAUCUUCCCAUCCCACAUGGGAAAGCUUUGAUGUAAGAAUGCAAUUAGGGUGACAUGGGUAACUAUAUAUAGUGUGUUUAGAAUAAGCAAUUACAGUGAUUCUUAAGAGUUUGGUCUGCAGCCAAGCAACAUCAGCAAUGACUAGGAAACCUGUGAAAUAUGCAAAUCAGCUGCUCCCACUUGAGACCCCAGCCCUCUAUAAAUCAGAAAUGCCAGGCUAGGCUCCACACUGUGGGUUUUAACAAGCUCAUUGGAUUGCUUUAAUGCACGCUGCAGUUCAAAACCAUCGAUCCACACAGUGCAUUGCAUGGCCAAGAAUGAUCAGUGUCACCCCCUGUUUAACUCUGCUUCCCCAGAAAGAAGCUUAGAGGCUUAAAUGGCAACCUGCCUCUCAGUACAAUAGACUUGGACAUUCCAGUUUAAAAGUCCAUAAUUCAGAGUUAUGAUUCAAUUUCUAGGAAAACUAAUCUCACAAUGACUUUUCUCCCAUGUAAUGGGACUUGAGGAAGUAUUUCUUCCCUGAGUCUUUUUUAACAAAUAUAGCUAUGCAUAUUUUUACCCUACCACCCCAUGGUCUAGAAAACAACCUAGGAAACCUCUCAGGGUUAACUAGCUCUGGUAUUAUCCUUUUUGUUUUGUUUUGUUAUUUUUGUUUUUGUUUUUUCAAGACAGGAUUUCUCUGUGUAUGGCUGUACUGAAUCUCAAGCUGUAGACCAGGCUGGCCUUAAACUCACAGAGAUCCCGUCUGCCUCUGCUGAGAUUAAAAGCGUGAGCCACCACUGCCCAGUUGACUGGUGUUAUCCUUAAUGGUAAACUAGCCCUGAGUCCUGCUGAGUGAAUGUCUUCUGGUUUCAGGGGUGGGAAUGUACUGAGAUAAAAUGGCUACUGGUUAGAGUUUAGGAAGCUGGUUCAAAACAAACAACAGGGCUCAAAAAGUUUGGAAACAAAAGACACAACAGAGGGCAUAGACAUCACUCUAGGUCCCUUGGGAUCAACAUUCAAGGCUCUCUUGCUGGCACUGGAGGGCUGAAUAUUGAGGUCACUUAGCAGAUAAGAAUGUCUUAGAAAGAUAAGGUAAGAUAGAGAGGUAUGUGAGCAUGUGUGGACAUGUGUCCAUCUCUCCUCUGAAAUCUAACCUGAAACUUUUGAGUACUUAAAAUAUUCACAUGUUUGUCUGCUGUUGUUGUUUAAAGCUUGAGCGCUGACUGUUCCUUUGCUUGGCGUGUGUGUGUGUGUGUGUGUGUGUGUGUGUGUGUGUGUGUGUGUAUGUGUGUGUGUGUGCUUCCCCAUAGACACCUUUCCUCUUGUCCUGUCAUUUUCCUCUCAAACACAUUGGCUACUUAUAGCCCAAAUUCAAGCACAACCCAUUUGGUCUCAGUCAUCAUGCCCCACAUUUCCACUUACACAUUCUUUCACUCACAAUCAAAGCCUCUCUGAGAAGUCACAUCACCACAAAGGCCAUUGCAGUGAUAGGAUACAUACAUACAUACAUACAUACAUACACACACACACACACACACACACACACACACAAACACACACAAAUUUGCAGCACGUGACCUCAGCCAGAAUCAGUGCAAUUGGCUCAAAUCUGUCACUAAAAUCGAAAGCCUUGAUAUCCUUUCUGACCUUUGAAAGUCACCUUGGAAGCCUUCAUGAUGGAAGCUUACAAGGUGAAACUGCCAUGAUCCUCUCCUCCGUCCACAAUCUGGUGUACAUUGUGUAAUUAUAUCCAAUCGGGAGCCUUGGAACAAACCUGAAUUUGAAUUGCAAAAGUGCUGGAAAACAGUUGAAUAAUAAAAGAUCCUUAUUGCGGAGAACAUCAAAAAGAUUCGGGACACGAGAAGGUAGCAGAUGAUUGUUUUAAAACCAUAAGCAGAUUUGCCUGACCAUACCUUCCAUUCCCGGUGAUAGUCACAGGUUAGUGGUACCACACGAGUGUCUUUCCCAAAAGCCAUAAUAACCACCGACGACAUGACUGUUAUUGUAACCAGACUUCCCGGGGUUCGUUUGGGAGUUUGGUAGAGUACCGAGCUCACACCAAGGGACACUCAUGGCUCUCUAAACAGGGGCCAGAAAAGAAAAUAGUUGAUGUAUAUAUGCACAAAACACUGCUCUGCCACUGGCAGCAUUCCUUGGGAUAGGCAAGAGGGGAUUUCCAGUUGGAAAUGAAUCUGCAAUUGUCUCAUACCUCUAGUGGCUAUUCUUGGCAAUUCGUCCCCACUGAACGAAGUUGGUGGAUGAUUUAAGGAUAAACUGAAUUUAUCCUGAGAAAAGGAUGGCAUGACUUCAUGCCUGAAAGCUUCUUUGGAAGAGAUGAGCACCUCGAACAAUACCCCCACUCCCAAAGGCUAGUGAGUUAAGAACAGCAGCACAGAUGUGGUACUCAAUAUAAGGGAUCCAUCACAAAUAAUCUUCAAAAACAAAGAGCAGGAGGUGGGAAAGAGAAUUAAAGGCAACCUCAGGAUGAGUGAGUGUAAGAUCCUCACAUCCCUCCAGCUCAACCUGGAGACUGUGCAUGUCUAAGACUGUAUUUUCAGUAACUUCAUCGCACUGGGAAUCCUCUGACUGGUGUUUUGCCAGUGAUAUAAUAGCGAUGGAAGCUUAACUGAAUCUUUCAGUUUUGAAUCUCUCAGACCAACAAAUAAAGUCUAGAAAAACUGCCAUUUUCAGUGCACAUGUCCUAUGUUAAUAAUUUCCUGUGGAAACAAAAUGUUUAACAAUCAGAAACUUUCCAGUCUAUUCUGUCAGUGUUUUAGAGACAAAAUUUGGGGGUCGAGGAAAGUCAACAUGCCCAUGAUUGCUGUGUUAAAAUUAUGAUAAUCAGAAAUGCUUGUGUAAAAUACCUUCUCCAGUAUUAAUGGAUUAGUGCUAUCUGAAUUUAACUGUCAAUUUGUGCUCAUUAAAUAUUUUUGUAUCUGUGGUGUUAUACUAUUAUCCUGAAAUAGUGACCAUACACCUGACAUGAUCAGAAAACAAAAUGGCCUCAUUGAAGUGUUAAAAGUAGAAGAAGUUAUUAUAGUCAUCUGCCAAAGAAAGUUGUUUAAUGAUCUGUAAAAUGUUGAUUAAUUUCUUGUAUUGUGAAUGUGACUGUAAGAAAUGCUCACUCCAUCUAUCUUUUGAAAAUGAACCUUUUUUGUGUUUCUAAUGAUUACAGGAAAUACUUAAAGCCGAUGUAAUACACAGAGGUCUUAGUAAAAGAAAAGCUAUAUUUGAAUCUGAAAAUUCAGUGGUACUUUUAUCAGUCUUUGACUCAAAUUCUUACAUCACAUUAGGUUGCAUUUGGAGACCUUAAAUACACCAACAUUAAUGACAGCUCUUGUCUCAUAGAGAAAGCAUUAAAAAUUCUCUUCAAGAGCACUGAGUGGAUAGAAAUUACUGUCUAAUUUUCUCACCUAAGCACUCCAUACUCAUUGACUCAGAGGUCUACCAAUGUUGCACAGAAAGCUAAUAGACUGUGGAAGCCAAUUUAAUCUGUGCAGUUAGCAAGAACUAGCCAUCAAACUAUAUAUCUAAAUGUUUUGUAAAUAAAAUUUUGAUGACUACACUUUUGUUCAAAAUUCUGUCUUUUAAAACAAUUAGAGUUGAUUUGAAUUUUGAAAUAAUCUGUUAUAUUAGAUGUUGCGUUAUUGACUGUGAUUCAAUGUACACUCAGCCAUAUUCCUGUGGGAAAUAUCAGCCCUAUUGACUUUCUUGGCAUGAGCCAGAAGCUCUUAGUUUCUCUAAGGACUUUAAGUAUAAAGAUAAAAAAAUCAAAAUGAAAUGCUAGUGAAGAAAUAAGAAGCCUAUUGUAUAAAAUGUAUUUUUAAACUCUUAAGAUUCAUGUGACUUACACUGCCUGUUAAUCUAGUCUCUUUGUGGAAUAACCACGGCAUAUUCGUUAAGAUGGAAACACCAAAUAUUUGUGAUCUUUGUACAGCACCUUGUUAUAAUAUGUGAUUUCAAAUGGUAAACAUCUCUAUUGUGGUCACUUGAGUCCACAGAAGAAUAAUUUCCUGCUGUUAUGUAAAACCCAGCUCUCAGAAUUGAGAUUCCCUACAGCUGCUGUAUCACCAAUAAACAAGAAUUAAUUGUGAAAAAAAUACUUUUUAAGUUUAUGAUCACUGUGCAUUUUGUUAACAAAUUCAGAAAAUUUUAUUUUUAACAGAAAUUCUCUCAGCCAGUAAAUACAACUGCUGAUUUCAACCAUACCAUCAUUUCUGUGGUUUCUAUAUUCUUGUUCUAACUACCAAAAAAUUGGAAGCUCGGUGCAAAGUAUGUCCUAACAAAGAUACAAUAAAUGACUUUUCCUGCAUGCUGCCUGAGAUAUAUUGUAAUUUGAAAUGUCUUAUCAAAAAGAGUACCUAUUUCAUAACCAAACUGUAACUGGCAAUAUUUCUUAUGUGUAUAACUGAUGGUAUGUCAAUAUCAAAAAACAAACAAUGUCUGUCAUACAUGUAUGUUAUAUGUGCUGUUUAAUCAUGUUAAACUGUAAUCUGUGAGAAUGUCAUUGCCUGAACUAGUUGUGUACAAAUCAUUGUCUUCACUGUUUUCCUAAUCUCACCAUAUUUCCUAACACUGAAAUAUAAAUGUUUGUAAAUUA